AUGGCAAGCUUUUUUCCCUUUCAAUGCUGCUCCGUGACGGAGCCAAAGCAUGAACAGGAUGUCGAAGAGAUUUUUGACGACUUCCUCUUCCGUGGUGGGCACCGUCGAUUUGAUGAGUUCGUGAAAUCGGAUGUCGACGACCCUCAGCCUGAAACAUCAGUCACCAGCAUCACAAUGGCAGAUGACCUCGCCAGUGACAAGACGGUAUUCUCGUCUGACAGUUCGCAGACCGAGUCCUACCUGGAGGAGCCUUCGACAUUGUCUGCUGCAUUCGACCGCUUCGAAUUGCUGGAGGCUGCCCACCUCGCCGACGGCAAAGCAGACGAAAUACCUCACCUGGCGAUAUUGGGAACCGGUGGACUGACCAGAUUACGCACCGUUGCAGCACAAUACGAGGCAUCGCUCCAGAAAAUCAACAUUGUCCCGUCCAGCAUGCCUGUCUUCGGAGCACUUCCCGACUAUGAUUUCGAGUACGGCUUGGAGCUCCAAAGUCAUUCUUUCAUGCUGGUCGUCACGGUCACGUGGCAUCUUGGCAGCAUGGAUGAGCUGCUCCGCUACGCGGCGCUGUACAUAAGCAAGGACUGUUCCCCUGGUUGGGAUAGCACCGUCAACAAGGUUGAGCCUUUGGGACAGCAAGCUGCAGCGGAGGCAGUUUGGCGCGUGCACGGGGUUGAUGGUGUUGGAGUGAAGACCGAUGACGUGCUUCGUCGCAACUGGCUCAUUCCAGAGAAGCGUUCUCCCUAUGAUGCGUGGGUUGUGGAGGCAUCGGCAACGGACCAGGAUGAGCCUGUCGGCUCAUCGCUGCCACCUGUGGAUGAUGGCCAUGUACGUGCUUCAGAUGUAUUGAAGUUCACAGCUCUGACCGGUGACCGCGGCGAAGGCGGAGUCGGAUUCGCGUUGAAGGUCCGACAUGUUUUGACCGUGUCACCCGGAUCGCUGAGCAUGGCGUUGAUGCGUUUCAUGCCGAAGUGGGCCCUCCGGAAAGCGCUUGGCUCAGCUUUGGAGCGUGCUGUGCGCAUGACGCCUCGCAAAUCGAUCAACCACGAGCACCUGAAAGCGACCUUGGACAUUUUGAAGAGCAUGCGCUACCAUCGAACUGAGAAGAAACCCUGGCUGGACGAAGAAGGGAACAUCAUUUGGUCUUUGGGACGGCUGCGCGUGGCCAGGAUCGUGCUCAGCCAGACCUUUGAGAUGCUAAUGGGCUUGAUCAUCCUUGUGAACAUGGUCUGCAUCAUCAUAGAGGCGAACACUGAUGCGGACUGCUAUCCGGGUUACACCGAUGAUUAUAGCGCAUGUCCAAGGAGGAGUGGGAACAUAGCAUGGCUCGGCAUAAUGAACGUUGUUUUACUCACGAUCUACUUGCUUGAGAUGGGUGCGCGCAUCUUUGUCGAGCGACAAGGUUUCUUUUGCAAUAAGUGGAACCUGGUAGAUGCGUCGACCGUACUCCUGGGGUGGACCAGUGUAGUAUUGACAGCCACAGCUGGGUCGGUUAUCAAUCUAGGCCUGUUCCGGCUCUUGCGAAUGAUUCGCGUAUUGAGGGCGGUUCGCCUCCUCAUCGCGGUUCCAGAGUUUUAUUUGCUCGUGACUGGUAUCUACUCCGCGAUGAAAGCCAUCGUGUUUGGAUCGGCAAUGCUGCUGUUGGUGAUUCUCUUUUGGGCGGUCGUCGCAGUGGAAAUGUUUCAUCCUUUGCUGGCCGGUGUCCCACCGAGCGAGUGCGAAAGAUGCGGAGACAGCUUCAAGAGCGUUUACGAUGCGGCGAUCACGCUGUUCCAGCAGAUCGUUGCAGGAGACGCCUGGGGCGAUGUUUCCUGGCCGCUGCUUGAACUUCGGCCAUGGACUUCAAUUGCUCUCUUCCUGAUUGUCGUGACUAUCUCUUUGGGGGUCCUAAACUUGAUUUUAGCAGUCAUUGUCGAGAGCGCCGCCGAAGCCAGAGAGAAUGAUUCGGACCAGAAAAUCAAGAACAAGGAAUCAGAAAGGGGCAAGAGCAUGGUGGAGCUAGCUGUGCUGUGUGCAGAUCUUGACAAAGAUGCGAGUGGCACGGUCUCUCUUGACGAACUGUUCUUCGGCUACGACAAUCUACCACAGUUCAAGCGCCUGAUGGAGCAGAUGGAUAUCAAAAGGGAUGAAAUGGAGUUGGUCUUCAACGUGCUGAACAUCAAUGGUAGCGGACACAUUCCUUACCUGGAAUUCUGCAGAAGUCUUGGAAGUUUUUUCAAGCGCGAUCCUGUGAUCAUGCACUCCCUGGUCCAGUGUUCCAUCAUGGACUUGAAGAAGCUGAUUCAACAAGAAGUUGUUAUCUCAAUGAAGCAGCAGCACGAGGAGAUUUUGCAUGAGCACCGCAGAAUUCUGACUGUGCUGCACCCUCAUGGCUCCGCAUCCGGUCGCCCCAGUACAGACCGGCCCACAUGUUCUUCAGAGCACUGUGAGAAGAGCAAAGUCUUCGAAGGCUCCGCUGUCCCACCACUUCAAGCUCAAAUCGCAGAGAUCUCCGGGCCAGACAGGAGGUCGGAGAUUUGGGCGACGUUGGAACAGAUUGACAAGGAGAUGAAGCCGUUGCUGGCAAAAGUUGAGAGUCUGGUGGCAGUGCUUGAUGUGGCAAGCCCUGUCUCAACUGGAGCGAGCGGCACUUCGUACUUUGCAGAGUCCGACAAGCUCGCACUGGAUACCGCGGUCGCGCACGAAUCACUUGGUGUGCGGACCCUGCACUUGAGAGAAGAUGUAGAUGUGCAGAACGCCAGAUUGUCGGAUAAGCUCCAGAGACGACUGGAUGAUGCGGACCUGUUGAAGAAAGGACUUUCCCGUUCCAUCCAGUUGAGCCUACAAAUAGAGUCCGGCCAAGUCGGUCUCCGAGGGUCUAGCACGUGCAGAGAGCCAGGUGCUUUGAAUUCCAAGGUGUACGCUUUAAAUCCGUAG